AGACAUUGUAAAAAUCGUUCGUGUGUUUUGUGUUCUGACUUUAAACUCGUGAGUUCCAGAUUUGCUGCAUCAUGGAUUUUCAAGUUGAGAAUAUUGGUAUACCAUAUUAAUACGCGAAUUCAAAUGUGUAGUACUGUUUGCCUCUGAUUAGUAUUGCAGUAUGUAUAUUUGUUUCUCUUCGCAUAUUAGGAAUCCAAUGUGAAGUCGUGAAUUGCAAUGCACGUACACGGACAAGAAUAGAAAUGCUGUCCCAUUAUAGGACAGUUCAUCGAGGCCAUCGUACAUUUGAUGUACCUUGUUUGGCUGGUUGUGACAGAAGAUAUCGAACAGAAGAUGGACUAAGAAAACAUUUGCAGUCUCACCACCCAAGAUUCUUUGAACAAAAUAUUGAAGCAGAAGGUGUAGCACCUAGUGAUUCAGAAGAACUAGAUGUAAUGUUACAAGAAGAAAUACAGCGUAUAAAUUCACACCUGGAUGCAGCAUCUAUAUCUUCAACAGACGAACAAGUGCUUCAGAAGCCACACAACUAUGACUCAGCAUUAUAUCUCGUUUGUCUGUCUGAUAAAAGAAAAUUUAAUCAAGUAGAUCUACAGACUGUGAUUGAUGCAACAACAGCUUUUGUGAACAAGGAAAUCAUUUCUGUGCUGUCAAAAACAAUCUCGUCACUGAGGGAGGAAAACUGCACACACUUCAAGAGUAUCCAACAAAUGGAACAACUAUAUAGAUCCCCCUUUGCACCUGAUCCAUUUGAAGGUCUACGCACCCAGUACAGGCAACGACAAUUUUAUUCCAAAUAUUUUGGAAUGAUCAAUUCAUCCAAAAUAAGACUGCCAGCACUACUAAGCGAUUAUGGGAGGCAUCGAACAAGGCAGCCACAAACGUUCAAGAAACAGGAAUAUGUGGUGGUGUCGUUGAUUUCUCAAAUUCAAUGUCUGUUGCAGAAAGAUGAUGUAUACCAUCAAGUAUUCUCUGAUAAAAUUCCCUUACCGGGAUUUCUUUCUCGUUUUGAAGACGGCACGUCAUUUUUAGAAAAUCCUCUGUUCAAACAGCAUCCACAUGCUCUUCAAAUCCACCUUUACUUGGACGAAGUUCAGCUCUGCGACGCUCUUGGGAGCAAAGUUUUUAAUAACAAGUUAGUAUUUGUUUAUUUUACCAUUGGCAAUCUUGAAAUGCGAUACAGAUCAGCAUUCAGUCAAAUUCAAUUACUGUCAAUUUUCUAUAACUGCCAAGUAGAAAGAUAUGGCAUGAAUGUACUUUUAAAGCCAAUUGUAGACGAAUUGAAGAAACUGGAACAAGGGGUAGAACUUUUUAUUAAAGGGGUAACCCACAAUAUUAUUAUUAUUUCAGGCUACGCCAAGUAUCGCGAGUUGUUUUGUAUGACUCAUGCACGCCUUCUCUGGUGGAUUGAAUCUGAUGAGGACAUUUUCCAUCCAACUCCGCACCGUUCUGAUUUCUACACUGAAGUAACACAGGCUGAAAUGGACAAUCGUCUGGCCGCGCGUCAGACGUGGAACGAUGUUUUGGAAUCGUUAAACAUGGAGACUCCCAGUCCAAACGAUUUCCAUUUGCUACGGGAGUUUUCCCGUAGCUUAACUUCUCUACUGGAUUACACUGAAGAUCAAUUAAAUGAAUAG